UAACAUUGUAGCUCCAAAGCCUACCGCAAACCCCCAAAUUCGGGAAAACCUAAUUCUCAACCUUAAACUUUCUCUCUUCAAUUGGGUUUCUUUUCAUUGUAAGCUAUGUUAAACGUCACAAAAAUGGAAAGUCCACUUACAAACGGUGUCGCGUUGGACAGUUCCGUGGGCUUUGCACCGGAAGCUAUGCUGAUCGAAACUGCCAUUAUAGCUACUAAGUCAGUCGCUUGGUUGGUGAUGGCGAUGAUGGGAACUAUGUCUAAUGGAAUUGAUGUCCUCAUCAAAAAGCCUGAAUCACAUGCAGGGUUUCCGCUUGCUCUUCUUGCGGCAAGAAAGCCUGUUCCGGAGAACAAGGAUGCUGGUGACAAUGAGGAUGACGAUGAUGAUGAGGAGGGAAAUGAAGCAGCAAGUGAUGAAUAUGAUGAUGCCGGUGAGGAGGAAGAUGUAUCAGGAAAAGACAGUGAAGGUGAAGUUGGAGGGGAUCCAGAGGAUGAACCUGUGGCCAACGAAGAUGGAGCAAGUGGAGAUGAGGACGAAGACGAUGACGAAGAUGACGAAGACGACGACGAAGAUGAUGACGACGAUGACGAUGAUGGAGGUGAAUAUGAAGAAGAAGAGGAAGAGGAGGAAGAAGACGAAGAAGAGGAGCUUCAGCCACCGGCUAAAAGGCGAAAAUGACCUUAGGAUCACUUUCCCUUGUUUUCUGUUUCGUCUUGCCUAGGUUGCGGGUUGGAUUAGAGAUUAGAAACUUUGACAUUUUCAAAACCAGACUAUUAUUAGGGAUUUUAGCACUACAAGCUAAGAGCGAUUCCGGUUCUAGCAGUCGUCGACAACGGAACUCGAAGGAAACAUAAAAAACUGAGGAUCCCAAGCAUAGAGGAAACUGACUGAACUGAAGCCAUUCAAAGCAUUGCCUUGGAUAACAAGGCAAUCGUCACCUUGCUUCACGAAAAUGCUCGGAUCCACAGUUUCGACAGAUUGGAAGUCCUUGCAAGUAAGCUUCAGAUCAUGUUGACUGCAUUUGCAGUUGGUGGUAAUUGUCACCUUCCAUUCAGCCAUACCUGUAUCUCUUUCCGGUUCUGACCGUACCGAUGACGAUGCCGUUCAAGGAGCAAACAGAAAACCCUGCAUUUAAAUAUCGAAAAACGAAAAUUUAAAGCAACUUGUCUGAGAAAUCUUUCUACUGCUAAGACAAAGCAUUUUGCUCUUAUGAUAUUUUCUGAUAAAACGUAAUCCCUGAGACUAU